UCGAUGGUGGACGUGCUGGCGGACCACGCGGGCGAGCUCGUGCGCACCGACAGCCCCAACUUCCUCUGCUCCGUGCUGCCCUCGCACUGGCGCUGCAACAAGACGCUGCCUGUCGCCUUUAAGGUGGUGGCACUGGGGGAUGUGCCAGAUGGAACGGUGGUGACCGUGAUGGCAGGCAACGACGAGAACUACUCUGCCGAGCUGCGCAAUGCCUCCGCCGUCAUGAAGAACCAGGUGGCCAGGUUCAAUGACCUUCGCUUCGUGGGCCGCAGUGGGCGAGGGAAGAGUUUCACACUGACCAUCACCGUGUUCACCAACCCCACCCAAGUGGCCACCUACCACCGAGCCAUCAAGGUGACUGUGGAUGGACCCCGGGAGCCUAGACGGCACCGGCAGAAGCUGGAAGACCAGACCAAGGCGUUCCCUGACCGCUUUGGAGAACUGGAUCGGGUGCGCAUGCGGGUAACACCGACCAUGCCCAGCCCCCGCGGCUCGCUCAGCACCACGAGCCAUUUCAACAGCCAGGCCCAGACCCCCAUCCAAGGUACCUCGGACCUGAACCCUUUCUCCGACCCCCGCCAGUUCGACCGCUCCUUCCCAGGGCUGCAGACCCUCACGGAGAGCCGCUUCCCAGACCCCAGGAUGCAUUACCCGGGGACCAUGUCAGCCGCCUUCCCCUACAGUGCCACACCCUCGGGCACGAGCAUCAGCAGCCUCAGCGUGGCCAGCAUGCCAGCCACCAGCCGCUUCCACCCCACCUACCUCCCGCCGCCCUACCCCGGGGCCCCACAGAACCAGAGCGGGCCCUUCCAGGCCAACCCGUCCCCCUACCACCUCUACUACGGCGCGUCCUCUGGCUCUUACCAGUUCUCCAUGGUGGCCGGCAGCAGUGGCGGGGGCGACCGCUCGCCCACCCGCAUGCUGGCCUCCUGCACCAGCAGCGCCGCCUCCGUGGCCGCGGGCAACCUCAUGAACCCCAGCCUGGGCGGCCAGAGUGACGGCGUGGAGGCUGAUGGCAGCCACAGCAAUUCGCCCACCGCCUUGAGCACACCAGGCCGCAUGGACGAGGCUGUGUGGCGGCCCUACUGACCCCCAGGUCAAACUGGACUGCUCCCAGUGGAGUCAGGGACCCCAAGAACCUUCCCAACAAGUGGCUGGCCCAGCUCUGAUGCUCAGGGCAGGAAUAGGACCUAUGCCCCAUGGCAAUCAUGGGCCCAGGGUCCACAGAGCUGGUGGUGGCUCCGAGAGCAUCUAGUCCAGCUGUGUCUUUGUACAGAGGGGUAGGGACCUCCCCCAACCCAGAUCCCAGUCAUCUCAUCCCACCUUCCUGUGGGAAAAGUCUCCUCCUGCCACCUCCCCUGGUGACCUGGCUGUCCCCAGCUAUUUCCAAGUUGUCACAGGGCCCAGGUCUCCUGGGACAGAGACCAUCUCUGCUCCGGAGAGAGGCAGCAUUUGCCCACACCGUUUGGCCCUAGAAAGACCUACCCACCCCCACAGUCCUCAGAGAUCCUGCACCCCAUGGGCCCAGCCCUUCCUCCACAUUUACACAAAUUGAGGCAGAACUGGAAGGUCCCCCCACCAUAAGAGGGGUUCCCUCAUUGUAUAGACGGGGAAGGGACCCAUCCAGAGUUCCAGAAAAAUCACUGGCACAGAUGGGAUGAGGGGCACCCCUAAGCCAGCCCCCCCACAAUUUCUAACAGGUACAGAUCCCCCAUCCCCUUCUAGCUGCCUGAGGCUCCCUGGCCCCAGAGUAGACUAGCCUAUGGCAGCAGGUUCCUAAAACCAGGGAAGACGCCUGCAGUUGGCCCCUCCAUGCACUUUACCAGCCCCAGGCAUUCUCGCCCGCUGUUCUCUUGGUGGGGGCCAGUGACCUCCCUUCACCCUAGGCUGGUCUCAAAAUUACAGUUUUUGGAGAGAGCACAGGGGCCAGAUAGGUUCUAGCAGAAAGCACUGGAGUGAGGGGUCAUGAGGUCAGAUAUCAGCAUCCCUGUCCCACAUAGGUCCGGCCCAACUGUGCACACCCCCACCCCCGCCUUGUGGGAAGGCCCAGCCACACCUUCCAACUCGUGCCACACAACUCUCCACUUUAACCAACCUAUGUUCCAAAGCUAUCUUGAACAUAAAGCUAGUUUUUGAAGCUGAUUUUAGAAAAAGAAGCUUCAAACGUUUUCAUACACACAAUCUCUUAAAGGUAAAGCCCCACGACAAUGAACCUCAAUACCUCCUCAAGAGGUAUCUUUCCUUUGGCAGUAUCCCCCAACAUCCCCCGAAGGCCAGCCCUGGUGGGGACCAAGGGAAACGCCAGUGACAUGCUGGAAACAUCUUAGACGUUUGCCCAAGAGGAUGUUCUGAGUGUUCAGAGCAGGUGGGUGGGAUGAGGGGCGGAGAGCAGUGGCCCAGUGAUGGUGGAGCAGCAGGGCAAAGAGCUCACCCGCCUCGGCUCAGCACCCCCGCCCCGUGCUCAGAGGUGAGGUCUCGCCCCUUCCCUUUGCAAAUGGGAAAGCAAGCCUUGCGCAAGGGUUCAGGCUGCAGGGAUUCCUGUGUCUGAGUUCUUUAGUUGUAGAAAGGCUUGGGCUUAUGUGGAAAAGGGCGAGAAAACUCAUGAGGAGUAGACAGCAUGUGGUUUUCAGCAAUUGUUCCAGCCACACCCUCGGUGGAUGUGGAAAUUUCCCCUACAAAAUGCUCCUUAGUGGUUGUCUCUGUCAUAGCACUUGGCCUGCCGUUCCACCCCCACCUGUAACAAAAGCCAGAAUCACACACCGGUUACACACACUGGCAGGUUCGGAAGUCCUGGUGAUACUAUUCGGACCCCUCCAGCUGUGGUUUCUCUUACCCUGCCCUCCCUGGAAAAAGCAGUCUCCAUCUCCUCAAAAUAGCUGCUGGGGGGGUCCUGCUGACUCCCUGCACUUGGGGGCGCUCCCCACCCCUUCUCAGGAAGCAGCUCCAAAUCCAUUGUCUUUGUAUGGUCACUCCCCUUCUGUGAUUGUAGCCUGGCCCAGGCCUGUGUGGGAGCCCCCCCACCCCGGGGUUCCCAGUGCCCAGCACUUUGUAGCCCCACCCCAGAUUGCUACCCCUUCCUGAUAUCCAAACCCUGGUAGGGGCAGGGACAGGAAAUAAACGGGCCCUACCGCCCACCCCCUGACUAAAAGUGACAGCCACCAUGCUGAGUCUUAAGGCCCAUAGUGGGUACAAACAGCCUGGGCUUGUAGAAAUGGGUCCGUCCUUACAAGGCUACUUUAAAGUUGUACUGGCAAGCACACUGACUUAGCACAAGGAAGCGAGGAUUGGAUGCCAUCUUACUGUGAGCCCGUUGGUGGUGGGUACAGAUCCGUUGUGACAUAUUGUCAUGCUGAGGUGUUAAUACCUGCUACACUCACAUCUUCCAUACAACGGCCCCAGAGCUAGGAAGAGGGUGGGGAGGGGUGGAAACUGCUUUGCACUAUGAUUUGCUUGGUGUGUUUGUUUUUAAUGCACAACUUGCUUGUACAGUAAACUGUCUGUCUUCUGUACUAUUUAACUGUAAAAUGGAAUUUUGACUGA